AUGGAAAAAAGUAUAUGUUUUAAGAAUGCUUACAAAUGGAAUGGUGAUAAUAAGAAGAAUUUGGUCCCAAAUUUUUUAAGUAAUGAGUUCAGUAAUGAUGAAUAUACAAAACUAAAUAUAUUUACAAUCAUAAAAAAUGAAAUAAUCAAUGUGCUAUCAGUUAUAAAAAAGCAAGAAUAUAAUAAAAAUUUAGACUCAAGUAUUGUAGAUGCAUUAUUUAUCUUAUACAACAGUAUUAAUAAUUUAAAUUAUAAUAUAAAGGAAGGUAUAGAAGUACCAGAAUUUAAUAAUAAGCUAGAUAUAUAUCAUAUUGCACCUUUUUUAAAUAUUAUAAGAAAUAAUAACAUUUUUUAUAAAAUUAAAUUAAAUGCAUUGCACUCGUUAGAUCAUAUAUUAAAAUAUAAUAGUAUAUAUCUCAAUGAAAAGACAUACGAUAAAACCGUAUCCUCCAAAAAGUUGUCCUAUAUAUCUUCAGACAAUAAUGAAUAUGAAAUUAAGAAUGACGAAAAUUAUUAUAAGAGAAAAAAGUACUUAACUAAUACAAACGAGAAUAGUGUAACAAAGGUCAGUGGUGACAAACAUGUGGAGAAUGAUACUCAGUUAUUAUCCAAGACAAAUGAAAAAAUUCCUAAAAGAAAGAAAUAUAACUUUUUUUCGAAAAAUUAUAAAUUAACUAAAAAAUUUAGUCUUAAAAAAGAAGAAAACCCUGAUUUUAUAUUAAAUAAAGGAAACAAUAUUAUUAACAUUAGUAUAGAAACACUAUUGAGUGCCCCUAUGACCUACAGUAAUAUUAAUCAUGAAGAAAUUAUAUUAUACGAUACCAUAAUUUUGUUUAAUAAUAUUUUGUGCAAUUCUAUGAAAGUUGUUGAUAGAAAAAACAUUAUAAAAAUAAUUUGUUAUAUUUUUAAAAUAUAUAAGAAUAAUAAAUACUCUUUAUUGUUUAAGGGUAACUGUGAAUCCGUAUUAAAAAAUAUUUUUUACGUAGUUAUGAGUAGUGUUAUGAGCAAUGGAGCGAAUAAUGGCUCGAAUGAUAACGUGAAAAAAUACGUGAAUAAUAAUGCUGUGAAUGGUAGAACUGUGCAUAGUGGUACUAUGAAUAAUAAUACUGUGAAUAGUAAUGCUGUGAAUAAUAGUACUGUGAAUAAUGCGGUAAAUAAGCAUUUUAAUAGUACUACAAACAGUGCUGAUGACGAUUUCAUACAAGACAUAUUGAGCAUAGUCCUAAUAUUAAUAAACAGUAAUAAAAGUAAGUUUAUUGUAGAUUUAUUAAAAACAAAGGAGUGCAUAAAUUUGAAUAAUGAUUUAUUUGAAAAUGAGAUUUCUAAUGAUAAUUUGGAAUGCAUUAAUAUGUUAUCCUUUAGAUUGCUAAACAUUUUAUUGGAAACAUGUGGUUACUCAUUAAUAAAUAAAAAUUUUGAUGCAUUAUGUAAUAUAAUAAGGUGUUUGUUUUUGCAUAUGACGUCUUCUUCUUAUAUACUAAUGUGUAGAUCAAUGAGAACUUAUAUAAAUAUGUUCAUUUUAUACAAGAAGCAUUUCUUUAUUUAUAAUGAAAUAUUUAUUAAUAUUUUAUUAAAUAUACUUAAGAAAAGUUCUGCAAAAAAUGUUAUUGAAACGGCCUUAUUAACCCUAUCAUAUUUUUGUAUAGAAAAUGUUUUAUUUGAAAUUUAUUAUAACCACGAUGUUAACUUGUAUGCAUUUGAUGUAUUAGAGAAUUUCGUACAGUCUAUAUUAAGUUUAUGUGUAAAUUUUAUUCAAAAUACUACAAUUAUGAAUGAAAUAAUUUUUAAAAUGAUUAAAAAUAUUUUGUAUAUACUAAUACCGUAUAUCACUAGCAAUACCACAACUGGAAGCAAUAACAACAACAACAACAACAACCGAAAUAGCAUUAACAGUGUGAACGAAUCAACAAGCCGCAUGUAUGAAAUUGGAUAUACUAAUCAGAUAAUUACAGAAUUUAGGAACGAUUUAUAUUCAAAUACUUUUGGUUAUGUAAUUAAUUCGAGGAAAAAACGUAAAGUAAGAAACACAAUCGAAAAAAAAAAUGGUAAGGAGCAGGAAGAGGAAACACAACAAAAUAAAAAGAAAGAAAUUAUGGAAAAUAAAAAUGUAGCCAAAUUAGAUAACGUAAAUGAAUUAGAAUGUAAAAGUAUAAAAGGACAUAUAGAUGAAAUUACCGAAAACGUUAAUAAAAAAAAUGCUUGUAAAUCAGGAGAAGGAGUUACCGAAGAGGUAUCAGAUAAUAAAGGUAAAUCAAAAAAAAGUAAUAUGAAUGAAUUAUACACUUUAAAUUUUUUGACAUCAAGUAAAGAUAAAAGUUACAUUGUUUUUUGCUCCAUGUUAUUAUUUGAGCAUUUAAAAGGAUAUCACAAAGUUUACUAUAUUAAGAACAAACAACAUUUAAUGAGAAAAAAAAAAAAUAGAAAAGAAAUAUUAAAGAAGUCUGCAACCAUAUUUAAUACAUUAAAAAAUAAAUCUAUUGAUGAAUUAAUUAAAAUGAAUAUAAUCCAAACAAAGGAUUCUCUUAAUCAGAUAGAUAAAAAUAAUUAUAUCCUUGAUUCUGUAAUGGCACAUGAAAAUGAAAAUUUAAUUGUUCAUUCUAAUUCGUCCGUUGACGAAAAGUGUUGUAUCGCGAAGGAAGUGGAUACAGAAAAGGCAAAUAAUCAUAGCGGUAGUAUGACUUAUAUAAAUUCUGUGAAAAAUAACGAAGAUAGUACAAAAAUUAGUAAUAACAAUUCGAGGAGUAUUACUUAUAAUGGCAGCAUUACGAAUAACCCAAAAGAUGGGGAGCAAGAAAAAAGUGCAGACACUAGUAGUGUUAACCAUACCUCUGCAGUAGGAGCAUAUAAUGACGAAAGGGUUGAAGAGGAAAAUGAUAAAGAUGAAAGUAGGAACGAUCAUAUAGAUAAUAAUUGUGAAAAUGAAACAUGUGAAAAUAAUUAUACAAAAGAAACAAAAGAUACAAAAGAUGCAAAGGAUGCAAAAAGUGAAUUCUCUACAAAUGUACAGUCUUCAGGAAGUACAAAUAUAAAUUACAAUUAUAAUGGAACUAUCGAAUAUGACCAUAAUAAAGACGAUGAAGUAAAAGUAGAGGAGGAGAAUAACAAGAAUACAGAAUUAUCAAAAGAAGAAAACGAUAUAGAAAUAGGAAAAGAAAAAAAGAACAAUAAACAAAAUCAGAUAAACCAGUCAGGAACUGCUAACGAAGAGUGUAAAAUUACGAAAACUAAUUCGAAAGGUAGUUGUACUAAUAAUGUACAAAAAAAUUUAAUGGAAGAUGAACAUUUUUUAAAAUCAAUUGCAAAGUUUUUGAGAUAUAAUCCUUUUUUAGACAAAGAAUUUGUUGGCGAAUAUAUUUCUCAUAGAAAAAAUAUUAAUAUUUUAAAGAGUUAUGUGAAAUUAUUUGAUUUUUGUAAUUUGUCAUUAUUGUCUUCAUUAAGAUUAUUUUUACAUUGUUUUAAAUUACCCGGAGAAGCUCAGUUAAUUGAAAGGAUACUUGAACAUUUCAGUUUGUGUUUUUUUUAUUCCAAUCCUAUAUGUGGAAACGUAGAUUUAGUUUACAAAAUGGAGAAUGACAAAGUUGUUUGUUUGUCGAAGGAAGAAGAACUAGCAAACACAAAGAGGUAUAUACUAAUAGAUUUCCUGAACGAUAACAUGUAUGAAGGUAGUAGUAGUAGUAGCGGUAAUGGUUAUGGUAAUAAUAAUGAUGCUAAUGACAGUACAACGGCACUGCACAAUAACAGCAAUAAAGACAAUAGUUCUAACGGAAUAAAUAACGUAGAUAUAGUCUAUUCACAGAAAAAUAAAUUCGAUGGAAAAAGUAACAUAGAAUAUGACAGCGUUCAGGAGAAAAUAAACUUGAAAAAGGAUGUUGAUAUAAAUGAUUAUAUUCAUAAAAAUGUAUAUUCUAUUUCUAAAAAGGUACAAUUAAUGAAAGAAGAAGAAGUUCAAAAGAAGUAUGUAAUAGUUGAAAAUAGCGAUGUCAUAUUUAUUUUAACGUAUUCAAUUAUUAUGUUGAACACAGACCUACAUAAUAAUCAGGUAAAAAAUAAAAUGAAGUUGGAAGAAUUUAUUAAGAAUAAUAGAGGAAUAAAUAAUGGAAAAAAUAUAGAUAGAAUAUAUUUAGAAAAUUUAUAUAACUGUAUACUACAUGAAGAAAUUAAAUUAUUUUCAAACACUCAAAAUUCGUAUACAAAUGAUAAUCAAUACUGGAAAUUGCUAGAGAAAAGGAAGGAGCAAUAUAAGAAGUAUCACUGUUUCAAAAUGAAAGAAGUUUAUUUUUAUAAAUUUGAUAUUAACAAAUUGUUGAUAAAAAAUAAUUUUAUACCUAUAUUUUUUGAAAUUUUCAAACGUACUAGCGAUUAUAGUUUAAUAGAAAAUUGUUUAUGCAUUUUUAAAGUGGUUAUAAAUACUUUGGCAUAUUAUCACGAUUUAGAAAAUAUUAACAAAUUGUGUUACAUUUUUAAAUAUAUAAAUUUUUAUCUAACUCAGAAAUCUCAAUCAUUGUUGUAUCUUUUAUUUCAUUUUGUGAAGAAAUGUCAUAAUUUAUUUCGUGAUGGCUGGAUUAUAUAUAUAAACAUAAUAUUCAAAUUAAUUACUAUUGAUCUGAUUCCUAUUUUUUUUUACCCACAUAUGUAUAUAAAUAACACGCAAUUUAUCAAUGAAAAGGAAUUUUUAAAUAAAAAAUAUAAAAAAGGGAACUGCGUUGAAACGUAUAAUAUAAACAAAAGCAUAACAGAAAUAUAUCAACACCCACAUCUAGUGUUCAAAAAGAACGUUAAGAAAUUAAAUAAAUCCAAAUGGAUUGACGAAUUUAGUAGUAUGUUUUUUUCAAGACAUAGUAAUAACGAAAAUAGUAAUUUAUCAAUUAUAUUUAAAGAAAAUUAUCCUGAAAAACCAGAAGAAAAUAAGAAAAAAAAAAAAAAAAAAAAAAAAAUUCAGGAAAAUUUAAAUAAAGAAAAACUAAGCACUCAACAGACUAGAGAGUUAAAACAAACAGAGGAAGAAAAUGAAGAAGAAUAUGAUGACAAUUAUGAAGAACAUGACGACGACGAUGAUAAUAAUAAUAAUAGUGAUGUAGAUAAUUUGAAUCAUAUAUAUGUAAAUAUUAAAGCAGAUCCAAAAAACCCUGAUAAUAGUACCAUUAUAGACAAUGUUAAUAUUUAUAAAAGAUUAAAAUUAGAUAUAUACAAUUUUUUUACAAUUAAUGAUUUUUAUAAUAAUAUUAUUACUAACUUAAAUAUUAGCAGUUUUAUGUACUUAAUAAAAAUAUUAAUGGUUAAAUGUUCAGUUAAUAAAGAAAAAAAUGAAUUAAAUAACGUAAAUGUAGGAAAUAAAGCGGAUUUGCAUAACAUAAGUGCAAAAGUUCAAAUACCUAAUCAAGGUUACUUAACAAAUGAUAAAUUUUGUUCCAAUAAUAAUACGCAAGAUAUUAUAAAUGAUUCUAAUCCUGUUCUAGUUAAUUCGGACAACUCCUUUGAUUUGUUUUGUUUGAAUAAGGAAAAACUGCUUACCUCACAAAUGUUUUUUCACAUUAUGUAUUUUAAAAUUAAUUAUACCUAUGUUCUGUAUAAUAUGAUAUGCAAACAGAACAAAAAGCAACUGCGGAAAAAAAAGAAAACGAGCUAUGAAAAAUUGUACGAGGAAGAAGUUAAUGACCUUACUUCCAAUUUGGUAAACUUACCAAAUACACAAUAUAACUAUCAGAUUCAAAGUGAAGGAAAAGAAAACAAAAAAAAUAUUAUGAAAAAGGAAGAGGAAAAAAAAAGAAAUAAAUACGAUCUUACAUUGAAUAAUAUAUAUGAUACAGAUAAUUCUACCAACAUAUCAACUAGUGACUCAGAAUACAGUGAUAUGUCUACGGAUUCUUUUUUUAUUAAAAAAAACGAAAUAUUUGGAGGGGAAGAUAAAUUCUACCUCAACAGUAACGACGAGAAUCAUCAGAAGGAUCAGGAAAAGCGGGAAAAAUUAAAGGAUCCCGAUGAAUUUGAUAAAAUUUACGUAUAUGCUGACGAAGAACAAGGUGAAGAGUUAAGUAGCGAGGAGGGAGAGGACGAAAAAGAUGACGAAGAGGAUGAAGAGGAUGAAGAUGGCGAGGAUGAUGAGUAUAACAGUUGUAGUGAAAAGGAGAAGGCAAGCAAAAAAAUGGAUUAUGGCAAAAAAGACAAAGGAAGCAAUAUUAUGAAAAAUUACAAUAAAGGGAAAAAAACUAACUCAAAAGAAAUUAUAAGUAAAGAUGCAUAUUUGAAUAACAAUAUGAAGAGAAGUAAUAAUAAGGACAAAGUUAAAGAAUUUUUAAUGGACAAAAUUAAAAUGAAUCUUUAUAUGAAAACAUAUAUAAUGCAUUUAAAAAUUACAGUAAUUACAUUUGAACAUUUUUUUAAUUUACUAAAUAGAUAUUUACUAAUAAAUUAUGACAGUACUAUUUUUGUUAAUAUAUAUAAUAGCAUUUUUAAAAAUUUUCAAAUGGAGAAUUUAAAAUUUCUUACGGAAGAAGAAAUUUCAAAUGAUGAUUCAUAUCAUAUAUAUGACAGCGAUUUUGAAAAUAUAGCUAAAAAAUUAAAUUAUAAAGAAGAAAAAAUUGAUGUAAACGAUGUUGAAAAGAAUAUGUUCCUUAUAAAAAUUACCGAAACAGAUUUAGAGGAAGACUGGUUAUUCAUUGAGCAGCUAAUUAUGAGUGUCGUAAAUUUCUCGUAUAUUUGUUUUAAUAUAUAUAAAGAUGAUAAAAAUAAAAUAAGUGGACAGAGACAAAUGGACAUGAAUUGUUUAUUUGCAAAAAAUUAUAUACAAAUUAAAAAAAAAAAUAAUAAAUUCUUUUUUCUUUGUGGCAUAUAUUUAAUGUAUAUUUUGCAGUUUUUAAAAAAGAAUAUUUUAUAUCGUUUUAUUGAUAAAAUCAUAUAUGUGUUAGAGAAAAUAUCAAAGAAUGUGUAUGUAAAUAGCUGCAUAAUCAACAUAUACUUACACAUGUUACAGUUAAUAACCCCUAAUAACAUUUUAUAUAAAAAUACAAAUAAUACAAAUAUUUCUUUAAAUGAUAAAGAUAUAUAUAUUUACAUAGAAAAGGCAACUAUAUAUACUGAAAGUAUUAACAACAUAAUAAACAAUAACAGUGUGUUAUUAAAAUUAAACAAUUUUAAUAUAGAGAAUAUCAUAUUAUCCUUACUACCGUACUUACUAUAUUUUAAUAAUAAAAAGGAGGAAAUUAAUGCGCAUAUAGCUUCUAUCAAUUCGGAAUGUUUACACAUCAUAUCAAACAUAUAUUACAAAAGUAUAUAUAUGUAUAUGAAUAAUUCAAAAAAAAAAAAAAAAAAAAAAAUGAGCAAAUUAAUGGAUACAUAUAUUGUAAAUCGUGAUGAUAACUAUAAUGAUACCUUAUACAAAAAGUAUAAAGAUAACAUUGCGUUUGAGAAAAUUAUUGAAUUAAAAAAAAUGUAUAUUUUUUUACUAACAUGCUUUGUGUUAUCACUGGCUUGCUCCUUUAGCUCAAAAAGAACAAGAAGUGAAGCAUAUAUAAAACUACAGCAGUUUCUUUUUAAUGAAAAUUAUAUUUUUAAAAGAGUACAAAAAAAAGAGGAAAGUACUAUGACAAAUAAUAAAAAUGAAAAGAAUUCCAAACAUGAUAAGUACGUUUAUAGAGAUGAAAAAUUAAUAGAUUUAAUAAGUAAUUUUAUUAUUUUGCCGUUAAUAACAUAUAAUUAUUAUUUUCCUUUUAUAUGUAAGAACAUUUCUACAGAUAAACUAAAUUGUGAAAAUGAACAAUACAAAAACAACAGUGAAAAUGAUAUUGACCCCAAUGGAAAUAACUAUGCGAAUUCUUUGAAUGCUAAAAAAAAUUAUUGUAUGGAAGCUUUGCUCAAUUUUAAUUUGUACAAUAAAAAAAGCAAUGAUAUAUCUGAUAAAAUGUUGGAAAAAAAUGAAUAUGAAAAUUGUGGUUGUAUUAUUAAUUAUAAAAAUAUAGAGGCUAUAGAUCAAGAUAUAAAUGUAUUAAACAAUUUAUUUAAUUAUGCAAAUGAUUAUUAUAUACAUACUAUGUUGCAUAAACAGUACAAUUACUACUUUAGUUAUUUAUAUGCCAAAAAAAUGUUAACCUAUGAUAAUGUAUGUUACAGGAAAAGUAUGAGUAUUAGUUUUGUUAGUCAUAUAAUUUUGUCCUUCUUAUAUUCUCUGCUCAAUUGCUCAGGAGAUUCAUGUGAUAUCAAAAGAAUCAGCAAAAAUGAUACUAAUAUGGACAGUGAGAAUGAUAAGAAUGAGGAAAAUAGAAAGAGAUAUGAACAGGGAAGGGAUUCGUUUACACAAAAUGAUGAAAUUAAUAAUAAAUACUUAAAUGAUCUAGAAGAAGAGUGUGAUAUUAACUUGUAUGAAUUGCUAUGUUUAAAUAAUGAAAGAAUAUGCAAUAAAAUUUUAACAAAAACAAAAUGUGAAAAUAAUUGUAUCUUUUAUUUUUUAAAACACUUUUAUUGUGCAUUAUUAACUAUUCAAGAAGAAGCAAAAAAAAUAUUAAAUAUUUACAAAGAAACUUUUGUUGAAAAUAUAAAAAAUAUUAUUUAUGUUUCAUCAUCUUAUGCAUACUCUUUAAAAGAUCAUCGUAUUAAUUGUUUUUCCCAUAUUAAAAAUGGUUAUUCAUUUUUGAAUGAAGAAGAAAAAAAACAUCUAAAACCUUAUAAUGCAGAAAAUGUAGAAGACAAAAAUAAUCUACCAAAUGACGACAAUGAAAUUUUUAAAAGCAUUUCCAAACUACAAGUUAAUGUAAGAAUUAGUAUUGUCAUUGUUUACUAUAUUUUAUAUUCUGAUAACAGCCAAAAUGAUCAAUUUAAAAAUAUUUUCGAGGAAUUAUUAAAUGUUUUAUUAACCAAAUAUGAUGAUGGAGCACGCACCCAAGCCGAUUGUACUGUUAUCAGUACAACGGAAAAGAAAACAGAAGACGAAAAGGAACAAGCCCAUCCGGGAAAUAUACCAAAUGAAAGUGCAGAUAAUCAGGGAGACAAAGUUAUGGGAACCGAUGAAGGGCAUAAAAAGGGUGCGGAUAGUAAGACAAAUGAAGAAAAUGAGGAGAAAAAAGAGGAAGAUGAUAAUAACAAAAAGGAAAAUGAAAACAGGAAAGCUGAAGAGCUCAAUGAACAAAAAGACACUGAUGAUAUUAAAAUGGAUGUUGAUAAGACGGGUGAAGAACACAACGAGAACAAAAAUGGCGAUGAUAAUAAAACGGUUUCUGAUGGAAAUACAAAUGAAGAAUUUGUAAGGAAAGAUUAUAAUGAAAAGGAUCCUCUUAGCAAGGUAGAUAAAGAGCAUAAUCAUCACAAAAAGGGGGAUUCUAACAAGACAUAUGAAGAGAAUGGGGAGGAAAAAGAGGGGGAAGAUGACAACUCGUAUGAAGAACAUAACGAUCACAGAAAGGGGGAUGAUAACAAGACAUAUGAAGAGAAUGACCAGCAAAAAGAGGGAGAUAAUAACAAGGCAAGCGAAGACUCCAGAGACAGCGAUUACAAUUAA